GUCGAUGAUGUUGAAUGUGUCCAUAUUUAGUACAUAACUGUGCCGACGAACGAGAACAAGUCAGCCGCCUGCUAAUCGUUAAUUUAGUCGGCGUUUUAGAGUUUCAGCUAAGAGUCACAUACAAGUGACAAAGAGUUCAGUUGAGCUAACGCUAGCUCACUCACGAGCUGUAAAAGUUGGGUAACUGAGCUGAAUCUCCUCCACAGUGUUGGUAAGUCAUGUUGACCAUGUCUUCCUUCCUGUCAGCCGGUCCUCAGCUCUCCUAGCUGGGGUGGAAAUACAUGGGGAACCGUAUCACUAGAAGAUGGAGGUUUUGACCGGGGCUUGUCAUGGCUGCUGUGAAGGUGUGUCGUUACACCAGCGGCCGUUUCCUCGGAGGAUGGGGCCCGCUGCUGUGUGUCCUCCUCGGCUCUCUAGUGGCCGUCCUGAUGCCCCUGGUGGGGCAGGAGGACCAGUGCUGCGCCGCCCUGAAGGGCUUCGCGCAGCUCCGCUGCCAGCUGUGGGGAAACUCUGAGCAGCCUCCAGCUGUGCAGUCCACCAGCCUCACUGUCCCCUUCACAGCGCUGGAUGUGCUGCCUCUGAGGUCCAAGCCGAGCAAAGAGAUGAAGCUGGAGGCCAAAGCGGCACUGCAGCUGGCUCUUGAGAUGAGGAAACAGGGGAAGAGGGAGAAGGCUCACAAGCUGCUGGUGCAUGCACUCAGCAUGAACCCGGACUUUGUGGAUGCCCUAACGGAGCUGGGGACCAUUCUGGAGGAGGAGAAGGAUGUCGUCCAGGCAGACCACCUCUACACCAAGGCCUUGGCCAUCUCGCCAUGCAACGAGAGAGCUCUGGUCAGCCGGGACCGAACUCUUCCCCUGGUGGAGGAGAUAGACCAGCGUUACUUCAGCAUCAUUGACAGUAAAGUUCGCCGGCUCAUGUCCAUACCUAAAGGCAACUCUGCGCUCCGCAGGGUGAUGGAGGAAACCUACUACCACCACAUCUACCACACGGUGGCCAUCGAAGGCAGCACGCUCACUCUGUCCGAGAUCCGUCACAUCAUCGAGACUCGUUACGCGGUCCCCGGGAAGAGCCUGCAGGAGCAGAACGAGGCCAUCGGCGUGGAUUCAGCCAUGAAGUACAUCAACACCACGCUGUUGUCCAGAACAGGGACCAUGACUGUCAGUGACAUCCUGGAGAUCCACCGGCGGGUGCUCGGGCAUGUGGACCCCGUGGAGGGAGGGAGGCUGCGCACUAGCCAGGUGUUUGUGGGCCACCACAUCCCUCCACACCCUCAGGACCUGCAGAGACACAUGCAGGAGCUGGUGCAGUGGCUCAACACCGAGGAGGCCCUGCAAAUGCACCCUGUGGAGUACGCAGCCAUCGCCCACUACAAACUGGUCUACGUGCACCCGUUCGUGGACGGAAACGGACGCACAUCGCGGCUGCUCAUGAAUCUUGUGCUCAUGCAAGCGCGAUACCCACCGGUCACUAUCCGCAAAGAGCAAAGGGCUGAGUAUUACGCGGCUCUGGACACGGCCAACGAGGGGGACGUACGGCCGUUCAUUCGCUUCAUAGCCAAAUGUACAGAGAUGACACUGGACACAUUGCUGAUUUCUACAACGGAGCAUGCUGUGGGGCUGCCGGGGACCAGCCAGGACCACGCCUGCCCCGACUGCAAACAGACCAUCCCGAUUCACAACUGAGCUGGAGACGAGAGGAGAAUCUAGAAGCAUCUUAUUGGAUUUUGAAUCGCCUCGUCCUUUGUCCCUUAUCACCCGUUGCUUCAGUUUGGGUCGUGGACUUGCUCAUUUCAUUGGGAUUCUCCAGGAUGUUGAAUCGAUUUAGCUGUUUUCCCACAUUUAGUGUGUAACCAUAUCCCCAUAGGAGUGAUGAUGGAUUUCUAUUACCGUCUGAAGUUUGACUUCUGGUCAUUUGACUUGAGAUGCUUCAGUGCGGUGAAGUGUGUGUGUGUGUGUAAACAUUCAGUUGAUUAUCUACUUUUGGGAUGAAGGUGAUGUCUUGUAACACUGUAAAGCAUUUCUUUAUGUAUAUGAAUAUUUAUUUUAAAUUAAGUGUUCUAAUAAAACUGUUUUACAACUGA